AGCAGUUAGGCAGGGAAGGAAGGAGCAGGGAAAAGGGGAACACACACAAGGACAGAACAGAAAACGGAUGAAAUAAAACAAACGGAGGCAGGAGCGAAACUGGAGGCUUGGGUAGAAGAGAAGGAAGAAACAAUGGGGAUAACUGGAAGGUGGCUGCAGCAUCUGUUGCCAAAGAGAGAAGCAUGUUAGCGAUUCAGACCAGAGCAGCGAUGCAGCCUGCAGCCUGCAGUGAGAUGCACAAAACCUCUCCUGAAUGCUCACUGAAGACAAACCUGCAAAACAGGAUGGAGUGAGCAUGACACAGGGCUGCAGGUAUGCGUUCAUGCUGCUAUGCAAACAUCAAAACUCACGAAAAAGAAAAAUGCAUUCAAUUAAAUAUGAUGGAAAACUUAAAAGCAUGCAGAUGCAUAAAUAAUGAGUCUUAUUUUAAAGAAGCCAUUUAGUUCCACAAUAAUAAUAAUAAAUUGCAAAUAUUUCUGUAAGAAUUGUUGAUUAUUGUAUACAUUUAAGUACAUUGAAGGAAAACAUAAACAAAGAAAGAUGAAAGCAAAAACACAGACUCUAUAACCUACUAAUAUCAGCUAAAAAUUACAGUAAAAGCUAAUAAGGAGAUCUCUCAUCUUCUAGCAGGAGCAACAGGAAUAGAACAUUUUCUGUUCUCUGGAUUAUUUGGUGUUCCUGCAGACCUCAGCUGUGGUUUUAGGCUGCCUUGAAUUGAAACUGUAUUUUAACAGAUUGUGCUUGUAAUUGGUGCAUUUGUUAAUGUCUUACACAAAUAACAUUUCCUAGAACUAACUGUAGAGCAGAGUGUGCAGCUUUCACAAAGUAAAAGAUUAAAGUUCCAUUCUAAAAUAUCUUCAUGUCAUUCAGCUGUAUAUAAAUUGUGUUGAUUCAUAUUUUAGACACAAUCUGUCUGAUAUAUUCUGGCCUUCGCUACAACAAAUAUCAACUCCAAAAGCUUCAAUUCUUUAUUGUUUCUCUGCUGUUUUCAGAUUAUGCAGACGGCCUUUAAAAAUCUUUUGCUCAUGCGAGAUCACAUUAAAAGAUUAUAAUUAAAUUUUUUUUUGCAGCAUCAGCUUCAGUUAACAUUGAGAAAUGGAUAGUGUGAACAACCAACCGUCAUCUAGAAUAACAAAAUGUACAAGCUCAUUCUCUUUGCUUUGCAGCUUUGGCAAAAGAUCAGAGGAGAUAAUGAUGCAUUCUUUCACUUUGAGCUGGAAAAUGUCUCCCUGGCAAAAACGAAACAUUAAAAAUAUUAAACAUGUUUUUAUUUGCCUGUCUGAGUCUCAACACAGCACACUUGCAUGUGACUGUCACCAUUUCUGUCCCCAUAUACUAGCAAACAGUUUUGUCUGUCUUCUUCUAUUCGUCAGGACAUCUUCUGUUUCAUUUUCAAGAGCAACGUUUUUCCAGUCUGCCAUGUUUAAUAAAUAAUAAUCGUGUUGAAAGAUCGAAUUCAUCCAGGCUCAGUAUUCUCCGGUUCAGCUGCGGUGGAUGUUUCCACCUCCUCAACAUGCAGACAUGUGUUUCCAUGGAAAAUGUGACAUCUCAUGAUAGAUAAACACUACAGCCUGUGCCAGCAAAAAGUCGCAAAGCUGCAUAUUUCAGAAAAAAAUAAUUAAUGUAAAAAAGUCUAAAUAUGAUGUGCUGACAUGAAAACCCAAACACUUCAACAGCCAGAACACGCUGCGCAGUAGAAACAGCAGUCGCUCUUCAGUUUAAAUACAUUUUCGGUCUAGAUUAUUUGUAAAUUACAGUAGCUUGCAGAAGCAACAUCAAAUUUUUCACAUUUUGCUACCUUAUUACAACCACAAACUUUAUGCAGUACCUAAACCCACCGACGUAGAAAGAAACAUUUUGUAAUUUUGGUCUCAUCUGACCAAGUCACCUCUUCCAUCUUUUCACUGUUCCCAACACAGAUUUUAAUACUUCUGUCAACAGAUCCAACCAGCUGAGCUGAGGGUCUCUGCAGCUCCUCCAGAGCAUCUUGGCUGCAUCUCUGAUUAAUUCUCUCUCAUAAUCUAAUCGUGCUUUAAACUUUCCGCCCACUUUGGACUCUAUUAUUUGACUUCUGAAUACAUUUUGUGUUGGCCAACCACAUGCAAUCCCUUUAAAAGAUAUUAAAGUUUGUGCUUGUUGUGUAACAAAAUGUGGAUUCUGUGAGCCCCUGGAACCAGAUGGUGAGUCAGUUUGUCUUGUCUUGUAUUUCAUGACUGCUAUUGUUACACUGAAAUGUUUUAGCUGCGCAGCCUGUGUAACUACAGAGUGAUGAAUCUUAAACUUUAAAACAUCUGUGAAGGGCUUCAUAUCAAACUCUAAGCAAAAUAUUUCCUUGUCUAUGGAGCCAACGUUACAGUAAAUAGUUUAGAGGAACAUCUGCAGCCUACUGUUUAACGUUACCAAGAGGUCUCAGCAGAAACCCACCAAGCCCUGCUGUCUUGAUAUUUCUGAUAACUGCAUUUGUUUGACAUAAAACCAUAUUGGCCAUGUCUGCAGCCUCAGGUUGCCUUGUCUGGAGGUUAAAGCGAACUCAGACCUGACGUGAUGACUAAACCAACAGAUUUCCUUCAAGGUCACGCCUGGUUCUCAGGCGUCAGACUUGUAGAAAACAGCUCCCUCCUGUGCAUGCACUCAGAAACACGGCCAGGACGUGAGCUCGGCCGCGCAGACUGAGGUCCAGCAAGGUCGUCUCAUCAUUAGAGAUCCACAUACACAGCUGUCACAUUGAGACUGCACAGGUUAUUGUAUCCUAGCAACUGAUUCAAGGCAUCAAUCUUUUUUUUUUUUAAACAGGAGCACUGAAGCAAAGUCGUCCCUUUGCUUUCUCUAUCUGCUUGUUUUUGCUUCAGAUCUCUUUAGUUUCUCCACUUCUCAUUUUCUAUCCUCUUUGUCUAACUGAGUCUUUCUCUCCCACUCUGACUCUUAGACUGAAGAGUCUGCAGGUAGAUAAAGCAAAGAGUUUUCAUAAAGAGGUAUGAGACAAGCCAUUUCUUUUUGUAAACAUUGUGCUGGUGGUGUUUGACAUUGUUCAUUUUUAAAAAAACAGUUUACGAAAGAACUUUGCUUAUACUGCAUUACUUUCUGACGUUAAAUCAUACAAUUCGUUUUUAUUUACUAAAUGCCAGAAUAACGAAAGAGAUACUUUGCUUUUAUCACUUCAAUCAAAAUGAGAACAUUGUUUACGAUGUCUUUAAACAAUAGCGGAAAGUCCAGAUGGAAAAUCCAGAUGAUGAUGUCAUGAGUGUGUGAGCAUGUGACAAAGGUCAAAGGUGAAUGUAUUUUAAAUACUCCUGAGUAUUUAAGUAUUUGAUGUUCCUUCCUAGUGAAGAAGAAGAAGUGAAUCAGAAGAAUUCAGGAUAUCAGGAAGGAAAUGUUUGAUUUUCAUAACUGAUUCAUGUUUGGGUGUGAUUUCCAGUUACCUGAAGGUACCACCUUCAUCUGUUCAAACCAUAAAUACAACAAAAACAUUCAGGCAGGAGGAAGGAAACAGCUUCUGUCAGAGACUGUCGGUAUAGCAAUUAUGCAAGCAAUGACGAAUCCAUUAAUUAUGAAGUAACCAAUUAUAAUUAUUAAUUAGCCAAAUUAAAACAUAUUGAAUUUCACUGAUAAAAUAGUCAGUAUAAAAAUAUUGUUAUAUUGAAUAGUUAUGGAUUUGACCUGGUGUUUGACACAUGGGCUAAAUAAACUCAACUUUUCCACUUUUCAUUUAAAAAUCAUAACUUUAUCUCCUUCCUACAUGUUCAAACCAACAUCGACUCUCCACUGUCAAUGAGGGAUCUGCUGCUGAGACUGAUCUAUUAUUAUCUUUUAUUGAUGCUAAAAGGUUCAAUACAUGUGUUUGUGAUGCAGUUAAGUAUUUUUAAGGUUAUAUCUAAAGCACAAAAGUCAUCUAUUGUAUUUGCUGCCUUGCUGUAAGAAGUAUUCUGCUUUCUUUCAUGAUCCCAUUCGGGUUGGGAGCCUUUGGAUUUAUGCCACUCCCUUAGAUUGUUUUCAGUUAAAGCAUUUCACUGAAUAAUUAUGUAGUGAUUACAAUACAGCCCUGUUUUGUUUAAAACAAAUGAUCCCAGCCAGGCAAUAAUUCUCACUGAAAUUCACUUACAGUAGGUCAAAGAUGUCAUCAGAUUUUGCCUCAUCGUUUCCUAUGAUCAGUUCUAUCUGCUGUAAAAUAAUGGGGAGAUUUUCAGGCAUUAACGAUGUUUUAAUAACUUUUUCAGACAUUUUGCAACCAUGAGAUCUAUUAUGUUAAUGGAAAUGAAUGAAACUGUUUCACUGUGAGAUCCAUGACAUGCAAAUGUCAAACGAUUGUCAGCAGCAUUUUUGAUUCUGCAAAUUUAUGAUAGCAAUUAAUCCAUGUUGUUAAAAUUAAGUUCUGCAUUUACCUUGAUGCAACUGCUGCUAAUAUUAAUACAGACUGUUUGCUAAUGACUUGGAAAGUUGCUCCCUUCCCCUUAAUUUUCUUUAAUUUUCUCUUCUUCUGUUUUCUUUCUUUUGUUUCUUGGUACCUCGAGUUCUUUCCCUGCCUCCUGCGCCUGCGGCUGUCAGAUCGUGUAAUGCUGUUGAAUCAGCCGAGUCCUGAUGUGCACUAAAACAAUCUUCACUGUUUCAUGACAGGAGCUUCUGAGAACAACCGUCAUGACAGUUGGUGCAAAAUUCAAUCUUUCAACCACUUGACUUGCCAAAAGACAUAGAAAAGAGUUGUUUCUCCCAGUCAAGCUGUAUCCCAAUGAACUACCAACCAGACCGUCUGCUUUAGUUCCCAGAACCCGUUUAAUCCUCUUGAGAGAUUUGCAAGAAAAUCAGUUUCAGCACAAAUGAUGCAAACUCCAGUCUCCAUGGUGAUGGGGAUCGUCUUCGCUCCUCUGGGACUUGUCCUUGUCUUCACUGCCGCCAUCACCCCUCAGUGGCGGGAGGGACAGGCUCGCCUGCACAUCGGGGGCACUGGAUCUCUCCUUCGGUCCGGAGCAAAGGGUCAAGGUGUGGGUGUCAGGUCCGGCUCGGUGGAGGCCCUGCUCCUGCUGCGCUCCGACGGCUUGUGGGAGAGCUGCUUGCAGGUGGAGCAGUCCGAGCUAAAGCAGUGCUGGCCCAUCGCCGGCCCGUACCAGAGGGACGCCCGGGUUCGGCUGGUGCAAGGCCUGGUGCUCACGUCCUUGUUCCUGUGCGGGAUCGGGAUCGUCCUGGCCUGCAUCGGGGUCCGGUGCUGGACAGAUCUGCCUCUGAGGAGGGUGGCGGCUUCAGGCGGACUCCUGGUGGUGGCCGCCGGCCUGCUGAGCCUGACCGGGUUGGGGAUUUACACCCACAACCUCAGGAGGCUGGGCGUGGAUCCCAGUCAAGGACUCAACCUCAAGUUCCCCCAGCUCAGCCUGAGUCCGGGCGGGUCGCUGUACUUCGGGUGGCUGGGUUCUUGUUUCCAGGUGCUGGGAGGCGGCGCGCUGCUGUUCAGCUUCAGGUGUCCGACCUGCCCGUCCCGCCAGGAGCAAGCCGUCUGUCCUGCGUGCCACUCGUGUCCAGAAAUGACCAGCAAGACCGACGUGGACGAAUAUGAAGUCAGCUGUUAGAAUGUGAGCAAACCCCCCCCAAGAUUUCUUUCGAUACUCGUCAGAAUCAAACCGAACCGAGUUUCUGCGAUUCAUCUGAAAAUGUCAGAUUUUCAUUUCUCACAAGUUUUUGCCUUUCGGGUCUCCGAAAUUUCCACGUUUGGUAUGAAAAAUCUUUCUUAAUUUCUGAUUUAUUUCUGGCAAAUUUUUGAUUUUAGGAGCUUAGAAAUUUUAUUUUAUUUUUAAAAAUUUUGAGAUUCAUUAAAAAAUUUCUCACUUUUUUUUUCAAAUUUACAUUUUUUUCUAUCUAAAAUGGCUCUAAAAUGUUGUAUUAUUCAGCAAGAGCCAAAAGAGUUGUGUUUCUCUAGGGCUGUGAAAAUCCAGUGUUGAUUCAGAUUCCUCCUUGGCAUUAAUGUCUUUGGGUCUGAUUGGCGCACAGGCUGUCAGCAAAGUCCAUAAAUGUGCACAAAUCUGCCAAUGAAGGAAGUAAAAUUUGGAGUAAAUAUUAUUGCUGAUCCAUUGGAGUCUGGAAAAUGUCUGUAAAAUAAUCCUGACAAAACAAAAUUUACUGUAAAUAUAAAUCAGUAAGAAAUGUUGCAGCAAGAAAGAUGCUGAGAUAUGGAUUUGUGAAGCUUUUUGUCUUUCUGUACAUUAGUUUGAGUCAGAAAAAGGCUGUAGCCAUGUCAGAGAACCAGUGUUAGCAGCUUGUAGAUGAGGCUGUUGGAUGCUAAAUGGUUUUAGACACUGGAGUUUCUGUGUGUUAUUUAUUAGCAAAAAUGGACAGAAAACAAACGAGACGAUCUGAUGAUGUGCUUGUGUUUCUUUAAAUGUUGGUCUUCUAUCACUGUCAUCAGUGAUGAGAUUAAGUGGUGAUCAAGAUUGUUUAGUUGUGUUUUUGUUUGUAUAUUGUGAGUUCAAUAAAACAUUUGAAUGAUACAAAAAGUAAAUACAUUGUGAAGUUUGUUUGGGUAAUGAAGACAUUCAUGGAGAAAAAAAAAUGUCAAUAUUAGCAAAUUAGAAUAACAUCAAAAAGUUAAUUUAAAUGUUGGAAAUUGAAAUAUCACUUAUUAGAGAAUUGGUGAUUUCUUGAGCUGUUAGACACAAUUCUCAAUAU